AUGUCCCAACAGCUCCAACUUCUUCAGAGCACCCCGGUCUCUAACAAGAAAUCUUCCACAGAGCGUUUUCAAACCAGAGAGGAAGACUCGAAGGCAUCCGGAGACUAUAAAGCUCUAGUGAAAGAGAUGAGGAACCAAUUCAUUGGGCCUAUGCCCAUCGACGCAUUUUUCAAUGCAUUCAUGCCCGACGACUGGACGAUGCUUCCCAAGGAUUACCAACAAUGCUUCAAGGCUCUCACAAUCGAAACAGAUUUUGAAACAAAUUUUAUACAAGCUGUGAAGGACACAGGGCUUUGCCCUGACUUGUUCCUUGUCGACACGACCAUGCGCGAAGAUACAGGAUACAAGCGCAAGCCUGAUAUCUCCAUCUACAAGGAAAGAGACAAGAAUGAGUCGAGCGCCAAUUUUUUCCUGAUGGAACUCCAUAUUGAGCGCAAGCGAUUAUCUGAGGAUCCAUUUGUAGAUCCAAAGUCAUUCCCAGAGAAGCCUUCCAAACUGCCAACACCCGAGCCCACCCAACCGCGCAAGGAGAAGAUUCGCAAAUAUAGCGCGAAAGAGUCCAAGCUGCAUGUUUUCGAACAUAAUUCUAAUGCCGGAAACAAGUCUCGCGGGCAAAUCACAUCGUAUGCAGCAGCCCAGCUUGGUGCUCAAUGCCGGACAUUUCUGUUCUCCAUCAUCUUCAUUGACAACUUCGUUCGCUUUAUUCGUUGGGAUAGAGCUGGAGCCAUAGUCACAGAGCGGGUCAACUGGAAAGAUGAUCCUUCGCGCCUGGCGAUGUUUCUGUGGAGGUUUUCCCAUUCCUCCGAUUCGGCACGCGGCCAUGACACCACUGUAUCUAUUCCGACAUCAGAUGAGAUCACGUGUGCCAAGGUCGCUCUCAAGCAAUAUGCCCUUGAGGUUACCAUGGCUCAGGGUGGAAGUGAGAGCGACAUCCUCAAGGCACCAUUCUCAUCCGAUGACUCCUUCCGUAAAUUCCGGGUGCUCGAUGACGAGGACAGGCGCGAGCAUUUCUUUGUCGCGUCUCAUCCAGAGUGGUAUACCAACAGCCCAACUGGCAGGGGAACAAAAGGGUACGUAGCCUACGACAUUGCUACGGGGAAGGUGGUGUACCUCAAGGAUAGCUGGCGCUACGUCGCAGAGGGCUACAAAAAGGAGGGAGAGACCUAUCGUGAUCUCCUCAAGGCGAACGUUCAGAGGAUUCCGCGUCUUCUUUGCUCCAGCGAUAUCGAUGGACAGGAGACGCGGACUCACCAGUUCUACGGGGAACCAUGGUGUUCUCGAGUAUCAGCGGUGAAGCAUCACCAGCACCACCGAUUGGUGCUUCGGGACUUGGGACGCCCUUUGAGACAGUACAAUUCCACGAAGGAGCUCUCCCAAGUCAUUCUGGAUUCGAUUGAAGCCCAUCAACAGGCUUACGACGCUGGAGUUCUGCAUCAAGACAUCAGUGGCGGAAAUAUUCUGAUCACCAAUGACGGUCGCGGUCUGUUGAUUGACUGGGACCUGUCUCGAAGGACAGAUUCCAAGAUUUCGGGGGCCAGACUGAAGAUGAGGACGGGUACUUGGCAGUUCAUGUCAUUAGGUCUUCUUCGCCAUCAUGGAAAAGAACCACACGAACUUCGCCAUGAUCUUGAAUCAUUUCUUUACGUGUACCUCUAUCACUGCAUCCGAUAUCAGAUGCGCGCGCUGUCCGAAAACGACCGGUUUGCUUUACUUCGGGAUAUCCACGCGGUCUUUGAUUACGCUGUACAGGACGCCAGCGGCAGAGACAUCGGUGGAGAUGGAAAGAACGGCUUCAUGCUACUCAUCCCUGCCAAGUUCAGCUCAGAGUAUCUUUCAACGCUCCUUUGCUCCACAGCCGUCGACAUCAUCUCCGACCUCCGGGAACUUUUCGUUCCGCUCUACGCGCCUCGUUCCACAAAGCCUUCUAAACUCUAUACCACGAAGCUUCCUUCUAAAGAAGACGCUCAGGACAGUCUGAAAUCGUCAAAACCACUCAGAGAUAUAUUUUCACAUAUUGACCAACAGGACUGGGUUGACGACAGAAGCGAUUGUCUACUUGGAAAGCAGCCUCUCGACUUCAAGACGAAGCGGAGUAACAAACGCAAGGCUCACCCUGCAAGCACGAAUGAUAGCAGCAAGAGUAACUCCGAGACGAAGAAAUUGAGGCUAUCUAGUGCUCUCACAUCUGAUAUUUCCGCCUCGACACUCAUAUGGGACGAUGGGAACGACAGAUCCGAUUUCUUUUCUUCAUAG